CAAGAACCAAUCAACAUCGAGGUGCACAGAACAAGCUGUGAAACACAUAUGGAGAAAUUCGAACACUUCACUUCUAUCUGAAGUUUGUGCUGAUGAUGUCGUUCAGAAGAACGAUGAAAGCUCCACGACCAAACCAUCCAGCUCAGAGAACUAAACACCACCAAAAUCAUCCACCUGAGCUACAAAUCUUCUCCACCAUCUCGGAAUUCUCAUUUUACAAAACGUUCCUGCUUUUGUGAAAAGCAAGUAAAUUGAAAACAAAUAUUUUGGCAGUCAAUUCAUAGUUAGUCUUGUUUCAGCUAUGAAUAUGCACUUCUGUUGAUAUCGGUCAUCGUACUUUCCAAAUUCUGCGACUGUCAGGAUAUCUGCGAAAACCGUGAAUUAGCGACAUAUGAAAAUGUGAUUUCGGAAAACGGUUCGUAUAAAUAUUCUCAUCACUAUUAUUACUCACGAAAAAUUAGUCAAUAUCAGACGUAUCCAAUUGUCAGUGACAAUUUUAAAAAAUUUAGUACUAAUCAGGAUGUUGAAGCGAAAUUUUCGCUUAAAUAUUACGGCAUUAACGUCACCAGAUUUGAGAUUCAUCGUGGUGGCUAUAUAAGAAUAUUCGGAGAAAAAUACAUCGGAUAUAUAUUUAAUAAUGUUUACGGCGAUCUUUUGCCUGAAAAUGAGAUGGUAGAAAACAAUGAUUUCAUUGCUGUCAAAUGGUAUUAUGAGAUACGGGUUGGCGGUACAAGUAUUAUAGCCAAGGUAACUAAUGUGAUACAUUCCGGUGGGAAGAUAUCCCUGUAUUAUGAGAACAUCCCCACUGAACUAAAUGGAAGUCCACUGUCCUCUACUAUUCAAGGUGCAAUUCAGUGCGGAAAAAAGUUGGGAGUUCAGAUAUUAGCUAGAAUAACUACUCCUGGACAUCGGAUAAGAAGUGACACAUUAGUGGAGUUUGAACCUAUCGAGAAUGUGAGGGAACCUGAAAUAACAACUCCUGCAGAAUUGAUGACAAGUGACACGUCAGCAAAGCCUAAACCUAUCGAAAUAAGUUGUUCAAUACACAAUUCCAUUGAAAAAUGCCAAAAUGCGACAACAUCAAGUGUGAAAUGUAUCUGGUAUGAAAAGGCUAAUAUCUGCAUUAACAGCGAUGAUUAUGAUGUUAAAGUAAGUAAUUGUUCAGAUUCAUAGAUUGUUUGCAACAUUGCUAUAUUCCACAUUAUACAUCCGAUUACUCGGAAGAAAACUUUAUUACUACGAAUACGUUUUGAUUUCAUGGUAACAACUAACAAUGAACAGAAACGUUGUUUAACACAAAUGCAUGGAGUCAUAAUAAUUUUUGAGCUCACUGAGCUUAAAGUGACUUCAGAAAUCCAAUAUGAAAGCGUAUGUCAAUGUAAAUUGCCAUGAAUCACCGAUGAAAUCGGUUUGAGUGAUGAAGCGUAUUCCGUUGGAAAUGGCAUAUUAUGUGUGGACAAAUAGUGAAAGUUUGUAGACUCCAGUUGUUAAAGCGCAGAAUCACUGAAAUUCACGCUGAAGAGAAAUUUCGGAAAAAUACUGCAAAAAACUGAACCUUGUUCGGUGAAUAUUUGAUAUUUAGUAUUAAUGCUACUGUUUCGUUUCUCUUUCAGAACACCACUUCAGAAACAAAUGGACACAGUAAACAUAAUAACACACCUCGUUACUUGUAUAUCGUGAUACCAGUAGUCGUCGUCGUCGCUUUCUGUGUCAUAUGCAUCGGUUAUGCUAUUUGGAUGUAUAAGAGAAAGAAGAGCAAACCAUGAUUUACAGAAACGUCUUAUCGUUUGUUUUAAUUAUUUUGAUCGAGUUGUUUCAUUCUGUAUUUCAUCCGAAAACGUCUUUACAUUUUGUUAACCGUUUCAAUUAUUUGAACACGUUUUAUACAACUUUCUGUUUGUUAACGUAUCGACUGAGGCGAUUCUGUUGAUUAAAUAACUGAAAUCGUUUUUGUAAUAUUUACGUGAAUUGUUUUUUCAUUGAAUAAAAGCUGAAUUAUAUUCUAAGAGUUUUACAGCAUUUAGUUUAGAAAUGAGCAGUAUUCUGUAUAUGUGAUUUUGUGAUCAUUGCAAUCAAUAAUGAAUCCGUUGUGAAUGUUCAAUUUGAUGUGGGCUCACCACGGGAAAAUAUUAUUUGAAAUUUACAACGAUCAUUGUUAUAAACUGAUCAGUCAAAAUACCAUACUAGUUGAGCGUAUACUCACGUGAGACUGAAAAACAGUGUGGAUUGAAUAAAGUAGUAACAGUCCGACCGUAGCAUUGCUAAGAUGACAGAUUUGAAAAAGAAGAACACUUCGGUGUUUUUCUACCAGUUGAUGAUCACUUCAUUAUACACUAUUUAUUUAA